GUUGGACUUCUCCACAUAUUCAGGUUUGUGUACGGAAGUGGUCAGCAGGUUGGGAGGUCAGAGGGUAAAGGCUCUUUCGAAGGAGAAUACACAGCCAUCUUGGAUCUAAAGCAGAGAAGGAAAUUGAUGCGGUGACGAAAGGCAUGUUUGGUGCUAGAAAAAAAUUUGUAGAGUUCGAGGUAGUCGAUAACGACUUCACAGAUGAAAGUAUGUACUACAACCAGCCGUCGAUGUUUCCACAUCGGUCGGACAAAGAUAUGCUCUCCUCUCCUUCACCGUCGUUGUCGGGCCAGUUGUCACAGCUUGGCGCAAGUUUGUACGGUCCACAAAGUACACUUGGCUUCUCGGUGAGGGGCAUGGGGAACAGUACGCCUCAAUUAAACAGAAAUCUAACACAGGGCACACAGUUACCAAGUCAUAUCACCCCCACAACGGGGGUCCCCACCAUGUCCCUUCACACCCCUCCGUCACCCAGCAGAGGGACAUUGCCAAUGAACUCAAGAAACAUGCUGAACCACAGUCAGGUUGGUCAGAGCAUUGGGAUGAGUGGCAGGACCAAUAGUAUGGGCAGCUCAGGGCUUGGCAGUCCAAACCGCAGCUCGCCUAGCAUCAUCUGUAUGCCCAAACAACAGCCAGCACGCCAGCCCUUUACCAUAAACAGCAUGUCAGGAUUUGGUAUGAACCGCAAUCAGGCCUUUGGGAUGAACAACUCAUUAUCAAGCAACAUCUUCAAUGGCACAGGGUUUUCUGUUGCUUCAGAUGGGAGUGAAAAUGUAACAGGACUGGAUCUGUCAGACUUCCCUGCGUUAGCAGACAGGAAUCGGAGAGAAGGCACUGGAAACCCAACACCGAUGCUCAACCCCUUGGCUGGAAGGGCUCCUUAUGUUGGCAUGGUGACAAAGCCAUCAACUGAACAGACCCAAGAUUUUUCUAUUCAUAACGAGGACUUCCCUGCACUACCUGGCCCGAAUUACAAGGAUGCUACGUUGAACAAUGAAGACAGCAAAAUUAACUUGAACUCAACAAGCAAGAGCACAUCCAGUGCAGAUGGGCCAAAAUUUCCAGGAGACAAGACAACCUCAGCACAGAACAACAACCAGAAGAAAGGGAUCCAGGUGUUGUCCGAUGGUCGGGUGACGAACAUUCCCUCAGGAAUGGUGACAGACCAAUUCGGCAUGAUUGGCCUCCUGACGUUUAUCCGUGCAGCAGAGACCGAUCCUGGGAUGGUCCAUCUGGCAUUAGGAAGUGACCUCACGACACUGGGACUCAACUUAAACUCACCAGAAAACCUGUAUCCCAAGUUCGCCUCUCCUUGGGCUUCAGCACCUUGUCGACCUCAGGAUAUUGACUUCCAUGUUCCGUCUGAAUAUCUAACCAAUAUCCACAUAAGGGACAAGUUGGCUGCGAUUAAACUGGCCCGAUACGGUGAAGACUUGUUGUUCUACCUGUACUACAUGAACGGUGGCGACCUGCUGCAGCUCCUCGCAGCAGUAGAGCUCUUUAACCGGGACUGGAGGUACCACAAAGAGGAGCGGGUUUGGAUAACAAGGGCGCCUGGUAUGGAGCCUACACUAAAGACCAACGCCUAUGAAAGGGGAACCUACUACUUUUUUGAUUGUCUUAACUGGAGAAAAGUAGCCAAGGAAUUUCAUCUGGAGUAUGACAAGCUGGAGGAGAGGCCUCAUGUGCCAACAACGUUCAACUACAACCCAGCCCAGCAGGCCUUCUAAGGCCCGACCAGUCCAAAGGCUGCAACUGUUCCUGCACAUGGCAGUUGUCCAGGAAGUUCGGCUGCGGUUCACACAGCUCGGUUUUUAUUCCUCGAGGAUCUGGCUAUUUGACUGCGGGGGUCAAUGCCACCAUCAAAACUGCCCUGCCUUUCCAAACUUACAUGCUGCCCAAAACACCAAUACUUGUUCCGUUUUUAUUCUUUAAGUUCCACCUGUUUUUUUUGUUUUGUUUUGUUUGUUUGUUUUCUUGUUUUGAGCAGGGUCUGUGUUAUGUUUACGUCUCUGAAUCUGAGGCCUGUCUUCUCCCAGAAAGGAGGACUGACCUUGUAGCACAGGACAGUGUCAGUACAAGGGUCAGGCCUCGUAUUAACAGUAAGUGUUAAGAAGAGAAAAAAGGCAGGGAAAGCAAAGUUAUUAUCCUCACAUGCAAGUGAAAGGGUGAAAGAAAUGCAAUGUUCAUUGUUGCACUAUAUUUAGUAAUAAAAGAACACAAAAUUUG